AUGGCAUUAAACGACUUCAGCAAUGUUCUGCUGCACCAUUUUUACAGGGGAAAUUGGGAGAUUGCAAGGAGAGAAGUGAAUAAUCCUCGCGUAAUAACAAUGGUUUCAACUGAUCGCACUUUCCUUGAUCCUGACUUUGACGAAUACGAAGCUUCUGCAUCAAGAAGAUUGAUGUGGUGUCGUUCGAUUGCCAUAAUCUUAAUGGUUCUCCUAGUUCUGCGGCAUACUCUUCCCAUCAUAGCUAACAGAGCACAAACAGACCCUUUUUCAUUGCUCAUGUUGUUACUUGUACGAACUUUGGGUAUUAUCUUGCCAAGCUAUGUUAUAAUGAAAGCAGUGAACGCUCUCCAUCAUCGCCGAGGCCAACAGGCUGCUACCCUCACUUCAUCAGAUGAAGCAGCUAGCCCCCCAAUUCUACAGCAUCAGCACCAUAUCAUUCGUGUUCACUGA